CGCUUCCUGGGCGCCCGCCGUUGCCCUGGCGACGGGCCCGUGAGGGCAGUCAGGUCUCCUCGGAGGUCUCAGGAAGAAGAGGAGGAUGGAGAGGAUGAAGAAGAUGAGGAAGAUGCUGGGCCUGGGGAGGAAGAAGAAGGCGCGCCAGGAGGAGGAGGGAGCCCCCCCGCCGCCGGAGCCCCAGUCCCGGAGCGGGGCCGCCACCGCCGGGGCCUACCGGGUGCGGAGCCGGGAGCUGGGCCCGCUGCAUCGGGCGGCGGCCGAAGGGGACUUGGGCCGGCUCCGGCAGCUCCUGACCCAGAAGCAGGACCCGGACCAGCGGGACCGAGGCGGCCGAACUCCUUUGCAUCUGGCCUGCGCAAAUGGCUGCACUGAGAUUGUGGCUCUCUUAGUCGACCACAAAUGCCAGCUAAAUAUCUACGACGGUGACAAGAGGUCUCCGCUAAUGAAGGCUGUACAGUGUCAGCAAGAAUUGUGCGCCAUUUACCUGCUUGAGCACGGAGCAGAUCCUAAUUUUGUUGACGUCUACAGUAAUACUGCCCUCCACUUUGCUGCCUUGAAUUCCAGCAUAUCGAUAGCCAAACAUCUGCUCGAUCAUAACGCCAACAUUGAAGCACAGAAUACGGAUGGGAGCACACCCCUGAUUGUUGCGGUAGUUGAAAAUAACCGAGAAAUGGUAGAGUUUCUUCUCAAAAAAGGAGCUUCGGUGCAUGCAACUGAUAAUGCAGGAAGAACUCCUCUCCUGAUCGCUACCUCCAAUAAGAAGCGCGAUUUGACCCAUGUUCUCUUGUCUUAUGGUUCGGACGUAUCCCACAAAGACGACAGCGGAUGGUCAGCCCAGGACUACGCGAUGCUUAGCGAUGAUCCUAUCCUUCUUCAAUAUAUCGCUGAAUAUUCCAAGCAGAAAAAUGGAUCAGGGAAGUCUGAUGACCAGAACGUCUUCUCGGUAUUGAACGUUCCAGACAGAACUGGAGAUGCCGGUAUUACCUUAGGCGCACCUGCGACAAAUAUAGAAGUCCUUGAGGAUCAUUCUUCUGGAGAUUCAGUAAGAGAUUCUGGGAAAACGGACGAUACCUGGCCGUCUUCAGAAGAGGAAGAACUUGAUUUCAGUGUUAAGAAACCGCAGAAACCCAGUUUGGCUCGGCUAAUGAGCGUCUCUCAGCAAUUCAAGACAAAUGUAGACGAGAAAAGUAGCCUUUUCCGAUCAGAACUUGUAGUGGACUCACAACGGAAUAGCUCAAUUUCGGACGCCGGAGGUGUCAAUGAAUCCUUUUCUAGGCCCCUGUUCCACGUCCAGUCCUUCCCUCAACCUGCCCAUUCCUCGCCUGGUUCCUUUUCUACACAGUGCCAGAUGGCGUCUCGCUUAAGCCCUAAGCAGGAAGGCUCUUUUGAAGAGGAAGAGGAUGAAGAGGAGGAGGAGGAGGAAGAAGAUGGAAAAAAUCCAAGUUUCAUGGCUAAAAACCUGAACUGCCAUGCAAUCUCCCUCAACCAGAUUUCCUCGCAAGACGACAGUGUUCAAAAGGCUUCGUUGAGAUUAGGAGCGGAUGAAGAGGAGGACAAGGAGAAGGCCCCAGAAUCUCCCUGGGAUUCGGAGGGUGUAUCUGAAAGUCCCAGAAAGCCGGCAGUGGAUUCCUCACCCGCCUCUCCUGCCAAAAUCAAGACCCUGAUGCCUGCCGUUGCAGAAGAGCCAUGUGAUCGGAGCUCGGCCAAUGCGAAGCCAGAAAUGGCUAAAAUGAAUUUGGAACACGAGGCUGCUUCCUCUCCUCUUUCGCAGCAAGACCAGACCAGAGGAAAGCAGAAAUCAGACUUAAUGGAAGAACUCGGCUUAGAUGACGCAGAUGACAUUGAAGAUGCAUCAGACUGGGAUUCUGCCAGCGUUUCUCAGAGUCUCCCCUGCGUCAACACCUUUAACAUCUUCUCCUGGGGAGAGUGUAGCACUCCUGCACAAUUACCAAUGAGUAACGCCAGCCCGAGAACCUCCAUUCCUGCGAGAGUGGACGACACCCCUGUUACAGAGACCAGAGAGGCUGCAAAAGGUCCGUCGUGUAGCAAACAGAAUGCGGAAGAAUUGGAACAUGGUGACGCCAAGGGUAAAAGUAUAAUAACUGCACCCAGCUCUCGAGAAAAACUGCCACCUGGAAAACAGAAUGGAGAACAUUUAUGUCUUUACAACGGAAAGAAAACUGGAACAGAAAUCGACAAAGCGGAGGAUGAAGGCCGGCCCGUUGAUGCGACCUUUUGGGAAGAAAGAUAUGAAAAACUCUGGGUUGCGAAGGAAAAAAGAGAAGUCAAGUCAAAUUUUAAGAGCAUCACAGCGGAACUGAAGCUGAAGUUUGGUGAAAUUGACAUCAACCAGACAAAAAGUAGGAGUUCCACGGAAGGGCCAUCCCACGAUGUUUUCAGCAGCAGGGUUGAAGGAGUAGAAGAAUCCCUGCCAUCUCAUCCGUCUGAAGCCACCAUUCGCAUUUGGAGAAAGGGUGAAACGGGCCCAUUAAAGCCCGUUGUUGCAGGAAAGGAUCCGGAUGCUGAGAACUCUGUAUUAUGUCCUCAGGAUUCGAAGCUUCUUUGUCCACCAGGCGAGAAUCAAAGUGUUGAAGCAAAUCAGGAAAGAAGCGAUGAUCUUUCGCCUGAGGGCAAGGGGUUUACCCGGCCAGGAACAGACAAGAGUGGAGAUCAUUCGCAAAAGUGUCCUGGUGAUUUGCCAGUAGCCGCCGAUCAAGAGAGGGUUGCAGACACCAUUUUUAGGACGUUUCUGAAACAACGAAAAACCCAAAGCGCAAGCCAUCAAGAAACCCUCCCGGAUUUUAACGCUGGUGUCCACACGGGUCAGUGUUUAGAUCCUGAGCUUGGAAAUCGAGGGGAACCUCCUGAUAAGGACCCCCGAAAAGAGUGGGACGAGGCGUUAGAACGUGAUGUUGCGAGAUUUAAGAAUGAGGUAGGGAUGUUACGGAGAGCGUUCCUGGCUUUGGAGAAGGAAAAGGCCCGGCUCCAGAAAGAGGUGGAAGAGGAAAAAAGGAAGCAAGAGUUGGCAGAAACUAAGAAAGCUGAAAACACGGAAAAAGCGGCUGCAAAUGUUGAAGAGAAAAUGGAACAAAGGCCCUCAGCAGAUGAAAACCACCCUCUUGCAACAAGAGAUGAAAGGAAAAGUGCCGUGGGAGAAGACCAAGGAACAGAUGUCGUUUCUUCAUCAGAUGGAGAGGAACUGGUCCCAGUCCCUCAUAAGGGGAAUAAUCCAACUGCCCACGCAAAGGGUCGGAGGAAAAGGGAAAAGAAAAGACGAAUUUCAAAGCCGAAAUUCGGUCAGCAAACCGUCGACAAGCGACAUCAGCCCCAGGACGAGAGCAGUUUGAGUGAAGCGUCUCUGGAGGACGAAAAACAGCCAGAAAAAAUGGUGAACAGAAGAAACAAGAUCUGCAAAGCGAUGGAUAUUACUAACAAUUGUGAAGAUUUAACGCCCUCUUCUGACACAGCUACUGAGGACAUUGAGUCGCCUACCUCUGUCUACGGAGAAGCUAUGAUGCUGAUCGAACAACUUACUCUGGACAGUAAAGCAGAUGCGGUGAGUCUCUUUAAAAUUCAGAAUAUAUUCCAUGGAUAUGAACGGGUAAUUGAGCGUGAAAAGGGCCGUUCCACCCAGCUCCUAGGAAAAGUGAAAAAACUUGAGAACGAGAAAAAAGACCAACAGCGAAUUCUUGACGAAGUGAGAGAGGCGAAAUGCAUGCUGGAUCAUCAAACAGUGGAACAGGAAAGCGAUAUCAGCAGUCUGAAAUUCUCUCUGAAACAAGAAGAAGAAAAGAGGACGAGCGUUGAGAUGCAGUAUGAGAAAACCCAGGAACAGCUCAGGAAGAAAGAGGAGCAGUGUUGUAAACAGGUGGAGGAGAAGCAGCAGCUUGAGAUUAUGCUGAGAGGUCUGGAAGUGGAGUUAAGAACACUGAAAAACCGCUUGGCACAGGUUGAAGAAGAACGCGAUGAAACGCAGCGACAGCUUUCUCAGGAACAGAAAGCCCGGGCUCUGCAGGAAGGGGUUUUGAACACCCACCUCUGGAGGCAGAAGGAAUGGGAGGAAGAAUCAAAGAAAGCAGCAGCUAAGCACUACGAGAUGAGCGAGCAUCACAACCAGGAAGAGGAACUGAUGCAGCAAAAUCAAGCCUUCCAGGAGGAGCUGGCUGUACUCAGAGCCGAGCUGGACCGCCUCAGGAUUCACCACGAAGAGAAAGACAGCAGAUAUUUAGAAGAAAACGAAGCUCUGAAAGAAAAAAUAGAAGACUUAAAAAAGGAGCUAAAAUUAAACGAAGAGGCUUUGACACAGACCAUCUUUCAAUACAACGGGCAAAUCAAUGUUUCUAAAACAGAGGCCGCCGUGCUGGCCUCCAAACUGGAGCACACGAAGGAAAACAAAGAGCGACUCGAACUUGAACUCGACUCCUUCCGUGCCCGCGUGAGUGCUGCCAUUCAGGAGCUUGAGCAGAGCCAGGUGUCCAGGAAAGAUCUGGAGCUCACGCUGCGGCGCGAACGCGAGGAAUGGCUCCGUUCAAAAGACCAGCUGAGCCGCGAGGUCGGCGCCCUGCAAGAAGCCAACGGCAGCCUCUCUCAGCAGCUGGGAAGAGCCGAGAGCAAAAUCAACAGCCUGGAGAAUGAACUCCAGCUUGCGACUCACGGUCUCAGAGAGAAGAGCUUGCUCUUCGAAGGUGUUCGGAGAGACCUGGAUCAGGCCCAGGGCCGAGCAAAGGAGCUGGAACAUGCCUUGGAUGUGGAAAAAGAACAGAGGAACAAGCAGGUCAUCAAGCAGGAUUCACUGCAGGAGCGGCUGGCCCAACUCCAGAGCGAAAACCUUCUCCUCCGGCAGCAGUUGGAGGACGUCCAGAACAAGGGCGUGCUCAAAGAAAAAGUCGUGACUGACGUCCAGGAGAAAUUUAGUGACAUAUUCGGCAAGCUCCAGGCGGACACCGAGAAGCAGCUCCGGAUGGUGGAGGAGCGGAACCAGGAAUUGGUGGCCAAGUGCCACGAUUUUAGGGAGCAGGUCCUGAAAUACGAAGCGGAAAAAGCGGACCGAGAGGGUACGGUCAGGCAGCUGCAACAGGAACUGGCAGACUCUCUGAAAAAGCAGUCCAUGUCCGAAGCCUCCCUCGAAGUUUCCACGCGUUACCGGAGUGACCUAGAAGAGGAUAAGCAGCAGCUUCAGAAGGAAAUUGAUCGAAUAAAAUCCAAGCUGCAGGAGUCGGAAGAACAGUACCUUCAGUCAGAAAGACGAAUCCACGACUUAAGGAACGCGUUGGAUUCUAAGGAGCGGGAAGCCAGUGUGACGUCUCAGAAACUGCACGACCUUCUAGCUGCAUCGUCGGGAGCAAAUAAUGCCAUAAAGCAAUUAGAAGGGCAUAUACAGAGGCUUGAGGUUGAAAAUGCAAGACUAGAAGCCACAACCACCCAGCAAAGCCACAGGAUCGAGAUUCUUCAGAAGGACCUUCAAGACAGCCUUUCGGUUCACAGUCGGCUUGAGGAAUUGAUCACUGGCCUUCAGACGGCAAAAAUAAAUUUGGAGGAAGAACUGCAUCAGCAGGCCCAGAAACAAACGACACUCUCAGCGAUGGCUCAAGAUACUCACAGCUUGUGGGAGGAAGAGCUGAAGUCCAGGUCGAAACUCGGCAUUCGCCUUUCAGAGCUUGACCGGGAAAAGGCAGAACUGAUGGCUCAAUGUGAGAACGAAAGGAAAAAAGUGAAGAAGCUGGCAGAGUUAAAACGCUCGGUAGAACUACGUCUAGACCAAGAAAUGAAAAGAAACCAUGAAUUGCAGAAAGAAUAUAAUGGAAUUAAAAAACUUGCGAAAGUCACUAAGAGAAAACUGAAAGAGUAUGAAAGCAGCGAGAGUUCAUGGCGAGACAUGAAAACCAAAUAUUCCGAAAAUGAGGUGGAAAUCGGAAAGCUAAGAAAAAAGGUGGAUGAACUUUCUUACCAGCUGGAGGCUGAAUCCACGCGGUGCACUCGUUUGGAAUUGGCCAACGACGAGCUGCGCAGAGAGCUGUCUUCUAUGAAGACGCUGCGACGGAAUUACGAAGAGCUGCAGAAAAGCAAGCAGCGGCUGGAGGAAGAGAUGGCCGGCCUCCAGACUCCGGGGCCAGGUCGCCCGUUCGACCUCAGCCAAGUGGAACAGUACAAAAGGGACGUUGAAGAGCGGGCCAAGCAGGAAGUCAUUCAAAAACUGGAAGAAGUCAAUUUGUUCCUGCAGACCCAGGCGGCCUCACAAGACACCUUGGAACAGAUCCGGGCAACUAAUCAGGCCUCUUUGAGAAACCAGCUCGAAAAGCGGAUUCAGGAUCUGGAGUCCGAGCUGAGCAAACUGAAGAGGUGCGAGCAAGAGGGCCGCCUGCAGAAGGAGCUGGCGCAGUCCGAACUGGAAAGAUGCAAGAGCCUGUACUCGGAGGAGUUAAAAACGAGGAAGACCUUGGGGAGGAAAUUAGAUCGAGCUCAAGAGAAACUGGCCGAAGCAAACGCCAAGCUCUUCCACGAGCGCCACCGGAGCAAGUCCUUACUGGCCAGCAGCUUUCUAAGCGGAAGCCUCUCCGCAGGGCCCAUGCGGGAGACGGUCCCGCUGGGAAACCUCGGCGGAGGCAGCCUGGCAUUCGGCCGGCCCCUGAGCCUGGGGUCAGGCUUCGUCGGCCCGUCCGGAAGCCCAUUGGCUUCGAAAAGCCGAGUGGAGGCUUACUUGGCAAAGAUGCAAAUGGAGCUAGAAACAACCAUCAACAAGGAAUUAGACCAAGCUAAGGCUGAAUUGGAUGCCGCCUCCGCCCGAGUCUCCCCGAUUGGGUCCCUUGAUGGAUCUUCAAAAAACCUAAAUCCGGAGCCAGACCAAGUUGCCAAGGCUGCGCAGGAGUAUCUCGACGUUUUGAAAAAGAAUUAUAUGAUUUGAAGAAACUCUUGAGAAACUCUUGUUUAGAGUGUGUGGAAUGUGACUUUUGGGAUAGAAAUGGGUGGUCUGUUCCAACUGUGAAAUCAUUUCAUAGUUAUAUAAACGUAUCAAGCACAAAGCACUUCUAACGCUGCACAGGGUCCCCCCCCCCAUUCCAUUUGUUCCUCCCAUUUUAGGCAAAUAUAUGCCUGCCGAUCGAUGUUGUCCAAAACUGCCCGGUCGCUAGUCAUUUUUAUGUACUUCUGGAGGGCCCGAUGGUGUGGUCUUCAUCACAACACUGAGAUACGUCAGCGUUUUGUGCCAAGAGACUUGUUGCAGGCAUUUUUCAAUGGAACAUAAAAUGCACAGAGGUUUUCAAUGAAUGAAACCUGGGGUACUUAGAGCCGUUGGUACCUCCUUGCUUGCGCUAUCAGUGACUCUUCUUUGACUUCCUUCCCCCCCCCCCAUGUUUUCAAGAGUUGUCCGAUAUUUUACGGGGGCCUCGGAGAGCAAGCUUGUCAAUCUGCUCUAGGGCACAGUUCAGAGGUAAAUGAGAAGGUGGUUACUUAUUCUUGCUUACAGUAGGGCUCCCAUAUCCGCAGGCGGAUCAGUUCCAAGCCCUCCGUGGAUGCAGAAAAACGCAGAUAAUAGAGAACACUAUUUUAAUAACUAACACUAUACGUCACAUGGGCCUGGCUGUCUCUAAUGCCCAGUCCUGGUAACUUCAUCUUCAGAAAUAUUUAUAUUUUUAAGAUUUUUCUUUCAGUAUUUUCAGGUCGUGGAUAAGUGAAUCAGUGAAUAGUGAUCCCGCAGAUAGAGGGUCCUGCAGUAUUAUAGCAACAAAUUGUUGGUAAAUACGUGGCAUUACAAACACACACUUUUAAAGGAAAACAGUGUUUUUCUGCCUCUCUGCGUAUUGUAUGCAUUUCAUCAUGUCUUUGCAUUUAAUAAA